ACGACGAAAAAAUCAGUGGCGAGAGCGAAUGGAAUUUUCCGUUGUCACCCACCAGAGUUCGAUAAUCGAUGUCUUACCGGCACAAUUUCCAUGUGUUUUGUAACAAUAAAACCGGAUUUCCCCGACUCGUCUUCUGUUUAGGACAUCCAAGGAACCUGUAUCCUUGAAGGAAACGCGACUUAAAACCAAAUCCAAAGACUCCAAACCUAAAUGGCUGUCCAGGAGGGGUCGGCAGCACAGGCACGCUGGCUUCUACAGAGGCUCUCCACCCGAGAAAGCACCUCCCGUCUCAACACACUCGAACAACUCGCAUCUUGCCUCGUAGCCAUCCACGAAAGCAUCCUCGAGCAGCUCCCGGAAUCUCAGCAGAACAGCCUCGAAGGCAGCAAGGGGUUCAUCGAGGGAUGCCUCUCAGGCAACUGUCGAGACGGUAUAACCGAGAGCCUGCUGCAGCCGUUGACGAUCAUCUUGCGCUUGGCUCAUCAGUGUCCCUUCAGCGAUGUACGGGAGAAAUGCAACAGUCUACUUACUUUCUAUAAGGAAAAAGGAGUGAAGGUGCCGAGGCAAUGCGCUAAUGGGCCGAGUGGGUUUAUCAGACGGUCAGAGUUUGCCGCAGCACAGAAUGGACGAGAUGAAAAGGCCAAAGAGCUAUUUAUCGAUGUCUUCCUGCAGAGUAACCGGUUAGACCACUUAACGACGGUGAUGGGCUUGCACCCCAGCUAUCUAGAGGCAUUCCUACGCACGCAAGACUUUCUGCUGCGCGGAGAUGGAGCGUUACCGUUCGACUACAGACACUUCAUCGCAAUAAUGGCCACAUCUCGACACCAAUGCAGCUACAUUGUGAGGUUACAGGAGAAUGAGUUCCUAGCGCAGGGCGGGGACCCCGAGUGGCUACGGGGGCUGUCGUUCAUCCCGGACAAGCUCAGACGGCUCGCCACACUCAUCAAACUACUCGUCCAUCAACCAUGGCUACUCACCAAAGAACACAUAGAGGAUUUACUGAAGGGACCGCACAGUUGGGCGCUAUCAGAGCUAGUCCAAGCCAUCGUUCUUACCACUCACUUCAGCUCCAUGGCCGGCAUGGUCUUUGGGUGCGGCAUCAACCCGGAGAUUGACAUGGAAGGAGGGCACACCUGUAGGCUGCCCUCUGUUGGCGAGGACCCGGGGAGCCCGUCCAACAACAACUACUCGUCAGAGGAGAUGGAAGGAGCCAGUAGUAAUGUAGAGACGCUGAUGCAGAAGCUACGAGAACUGGAGGAGCAAUCAGAGCCAGACGAGACCCAGGAGGAGAAACUCAAGAAGUUUGAGAAAGUGGAGAAGCAGAACGUGGAAUUGUCCCCACCAAGCGACGAGACUUGCCAAGACAGAUCGGAUCUCUCACAUUACAUCACAGAGCCAGACUUUAAGUACAUGGACUUUGCCAAAAGGGGAGAGAUCUCAACGAUACCCACAUUCAGAGCGCAGGAUUACACUUGGGAAGACCAAGGUUUCUCGUUACUGAAUCGUUACUACCCUGACAUUGCGCCGAUGUUGGAUGACAAGUUUAGAUUAGCGUACAACCUGACAUACAAUACUAUGGGCCAGAAGGAGCAGGUGAAUACGUCGUUGCUGAGGCGCGCCAUCUGGAACUACAUCCACUCGCUGUACGGCAUCCGCCACGACGACUACGACUACGGCGGGGUCAACUCACUGAUGGACCGCGCCCUCAAGACGUAUAUUAAGACCGUCUGCUGCUACCCGGAGAAGGUCACCAUGAAGGAUUACGAAUCAUUCUGGAGGGAUUUCAAACACUCGGAAAAGGUGCAUGUGAACCUGAUGGUAAUGGAAGCCAAGAUGCAAGCUUGUCUUCUCUACAGUCUUCGAGGCAUCAUGUGGCUCUACACAACAUGACGAUGCUAGCGUUAUAGGAGUAGCAUUGUAAACGCCACCUUGAGAGAGAGAGAGAAGCUUCCAUGCUCCGUGAAAAUGAAAACUGCCUCUCCGCAUCCAGAGGAGGGAACGGAGAGAUGGAGUACGAAAAAAACAAAAAUGCUCUAAAAAAAAGAAAAUUAAAAAAAGAAAAAAGAUAGCAAUACUGUGUUCAAUAGUUCAAUGUUCACGAGGUGCUCUGGUGAUUCGACGGCUGCUUCACAAUGGCAUGAGUUUAGAAGAGAGAAAAACCUAACAGGUAUGAAACGUAUGGCGGGGAUGAUUUAAGGGAAAGGGCGACCAGGUCGUCAUCGUAACAGAUUCUUUACUCUGAACGGCACCCCUCAGGUUGUCCCCUCCAUACCUCCUGAAGCCUAGCAUUGAAAAUGAGGGCGGUUUUAAACUGAGGUUUUCGCGAUUACAUGUAGAGGGUUUGCGGAGUCUGCGGUUGUGGUUCUUUGCCAGGACUUUUGAACACUUGCAUAUCUUGUUGUCAGUGAUUAACAUUUUUGUCUUUACGGAAUCCUAAUGCCAUAAAGCUGUAAGGCAGCAGUGAAAAAGCAAUUUGCAGGGAGCCAGUCUGGAGUAAUGUUUAUUACAUGGUGUUGGGACUGGUAACUGGUUGCGAGAUUCUGCUUAAUAGCAAAGUGUGCAGAGACAGCUGUAUGAAAUGGGUUUUAUUUAUUUGAAGUGGGCAUAAUGGACCAUACUGCAGACUCGGAUUGCACUGUGCACACUUCAGUCUGUUACCAGUGAAAAGGGAACCAGGUACCCAUUUAUCUGCAUGUUCAUGUAAACACCCUGCCGUGCAUGCACGUCACAAACAAUGAUAAAUUUGCUGUUCCGAUGUAGCGUAUCUCACUGUACUAGGUCCCUAUGCUCUUACAUAAAUAACUACCCAAAAAGUAAAACUAGUGCAUUUGUCACCACAAAGUACGCAGAAUGCUCUGGAUACAGCAGUUAAAUUGCAUGAAGGGCUCCCUCGUAAAGUUGUGCAUAGCACAGAUCCGCAAACCCAUCUACAUGUGUGCGUGUGUGACUAAUCUCUCCUGUUAAGCAUACGUUGUAGUGUAACGCUGACUAUUAUACUAUAUUAUGCGUGUGCUCUGGUCGUUGCGAUUCCUUGGUACGGUCAAACCGGUGGGAGUCGCAUGUUGUACACUAGUGUUACAUUUGUUUUUAAAGUACAGUGGCACUAUAAUAAUUUAAUGAUAAGAAGUUAAUCCAUAAAAAAACAGUUAAAUUAUGGUUGUCUGUUUUAGAUUUUAGCAACUUGAACCCCUUUUGAUGUUACCGUUGUGGUAUAUCUGUACUUGAGAAAACAACAACAGCUUACUUGGAUGUAGUAGUUCAACGCUAAACCUUAGUAAGGUCUGGGGUCAGUUUCACAAAGAGCUAAGAUUGAUCUUAACUGCGAAUAGAAGCACAUGAUGCAUUUGAGUAGGACGCCCUCGCCCCCUAGAGGCUGUUCAUUGGCCAAUCCUGUGUGCGUGGCGUACAAAUCUGUACUUGCAAUUGUUUCUUCAUUGUUGUACCGGCUGGUUGACGUCAAUGCAUAAAGGUCCAUCAAUUUUAACUGCUAAGCAGAGUGUUGUGUCACAAUACAAAUCAUUAUGGUUGUGUCGACAACUCAUCUUAAGACGAGUCUUUGUGCUUUGUGAAAUCGACCCCUUAAUCCAUGCUUAUCCAUGAAGAGGUCAAGUUUGAUUCUGCACAGCCUGAUAAGUUAAGCACUGCUAGGCCUAGGCAGGAAAGAAAUGGUCUCUGGGAUAGCCAAGCAAAUCUCAAUUUUGCUUAGCAGAAUUUAAAGGUUGGAUUUCAUGGAGCUGCUUUAGCACAAUAAUUAGCUUAGCACAAAACAAUUGUGCUUGGCAGAUUAAGGCUACCAUCCAAAUAACAUAUCACAUGUACUGUCUGUGACUGGUUUCCUGCGACUAGUUUUGCUUAACAGAACAUUGUUAAGCAAAACUAUGACGGAUGCAAGAUUGGGGUUUUUUCCUUCCAAGAAAGGAGUGUUGAAUAGUCCCAAACAAGAAAAGAAUUAGAUCAAUUUAUUUAAUUAACCUGUUCAUGUGUACAUUUGAAAAAAUUAUAACCGUUAAUUACCUAUAUUUAUUAUAUCAGCAUUAAAAUAAAAAACUGCUCCUGUUUUUGUGUGAGCAUGUUGAGUAUAUCACAGUGCCAUUGUUAUGUGUGUAAGACAAUAUCAGAUCAAGUUAAAAGAGUGGGUUUUUAGUAUGGUUUGUUUGGGGUUUUUUCCCCCACAAAAUUCAAUUUUGCUUUGUUUUCAUGGACCUUUAAAUUGAAAUUGGUUUCCAAAGCGUCACAUUGGGCAGAGUCUGAAAUUGGCUGGUUUUGGUUGUUGCCAAUUCCAGAUGAUGGUUUUAUCCUCCUUUUUAAAAGUUGAUUCAUAACAAGUUGUUUACCUUGUUUUGAGUUGAAAAACAAAACCUUUGCCAACAUGAUCAGUGCUUAACCUACAAUACAUCUACUGAUUCUCACGUUUUUAGAUGAUGUUAAAUUUUCUCUUGGUGCUGAAAGUGAAUUUUUGUUCGUCUUUUUUGUAUGACAGUCCACAACUCUUCUGAUCAAAAUGGAAAUAGAGAAGGUCGUUUGUAUAUAUUUAAAAAAUACGUAAUGUAUAGAACACAUUGUUAUGCAUGAUUUCUGUUGAAUUGGGGAAGUCCAGAAUAUAUCCAUUUAGACUAUAGUUUGUUUUUCCCCCCUAAGAAGCAAAUCUUCAACCUCUCAAUUUCCUUUGUCAAAGUUGGUACCCAUUCCUGCAUUCUGAAUCCUGUGCCCAAUUGCAUAGAGCUGCCAAGCACAGAAAAAAGGUAGAUAAGCAAAACAUAAUUUUGCUCACCAGAAUAAGGUUACCAGCCAACCUACCAUGUCACACAUACAAUUUGUGAUUGUUAUCCUGCUCAGUUGUGCUUAGAAGAAAAUUGUCAAGCAAUAUUUUCUGCUUAAGUAUAAAAGCAGCUUUAUGAAAUUGGGCCCCUGUAACCAUGAGAACCCUACUUUCAGCUAAACAAAACUAGCUAAGCGAAACAAAAUAUACAACUUCAGGUUACCGGCCAAAAGACCAUGUCGCCUGUACCGUUUGUGACUGGUAUCCUGUGUAUAUUUGCUAAGAAGAAAAUGGUUGAGAAAUAUUGUCUAGUUCAGCAGUUCCAUGAAAUGGAGCCCAGGCAACGAAGACUGGAAUGUAAUGUUCAGUAAUAUUGGACACGAAGAAUGGUAUAUUUUUUCCCAUACCCAUAAAAACGACAGAUUUGGUAGAAAUUUACAUAGCUUGUUGUAUAAUAGAAUGUGUGCUGGUUUGUGAUAGUCACACAUUUGCUGUUUGUUCAAAAUUUACUUGGACCUCGGCAUUCUAAAUGUAAAAAAUUAACAGAUGAUAAAGAAAAAUAAGAUUACUAAUUGUUAAAGUGUUCCCAAUUAAACAUUAUAAGAUACUGUAUAAGAUACUGUAUAACUUGUAUUUAUCAACCCUAAAUGAUUGCAAUACCAAAGAUACAUUAACUCAUGAAGUGGAGUGGUUUAUUACAUUUGAAAAAGAUAAAUCUGCUGUUUUUUGUUUUUUAGUUUAAUUUAUUUUGCAUUGUUUACACUUGCUUACCAAUAUACAUGUACCAAAGCUGUGUUGGUUUUUUCCCCCCACUGUGUGGCAGGGGAUUUGGUUUACUUUAUGUCCGUACUUGAUGACUGUACAUUUGCAAGGAGUAGUAUGCCUACAGGUUGAGUAUUACGAGAUGUUGAAUUGUUGAUAGCUGUCGGAAAUUGAAUGGAAAUACUUUUUGGAUCGGGGAAGGCACGGCUGCGUUCUUUCCUCCAAAAUCUUGUAUCGAAACUGAAUCACUAUCGACACUUUCAUGAAGUCGUUUCAUGUCCAUGCUAGUUCUUAAAAAAAAAUUUGCGGAGACCUCUUGCAAUUAUUGACUAGAACUCCACCAUCUGUAAAGCAUCACGUUUCUGCUGUUUUACAUUUCCAACAAAGUUCUUUGCAGAUCCGACAAACCGUCGAGUAAGCUGUUGUACCAACAGUCUCUCUCGGUUUGUCAAAUCUGCGACAACUAUUUAUAUUGCCCAUUUUUGGAGUGACUAGACCCCAAGACUGAACAUUAGAGCCGCUUGCCAACUGUCUACAGAAACAUGUACAAUGUACAUUGUACAUGCUUAAUACUUAAACAUUGUCUCGCAAACUAAACAACCUGUUUUUUUUCCCUUUUCGUUUUGUAUGUUGACUUUUAUAUAAAUAUAUAUAUAUUGUUUUGGUUUUUUUUACAAGACGCGAGUCCGAUGAUAAUGAGGUCAGGUUUGAACGAGAUUUCCAUCGCAGAAGAAAAUGGUGAAAAAGUUGCAUUUAACGUUCGUUAUAUUUUAUUGAAUCUCUAAAUCUACAUGAGAUACAUGAAUGGCAGGACAUGUUUUGUUUGUGCGUUUUAUAGAAGUUGUUUUUUAUUGCCGGAUGUGUUUUUGUGUUCCCUUGGUUUUUUUUUUUUACACGUUUAAAUCUAUUUGGCUUGAAACAUUCAAACUAGAUUGAGAUCAAUCAGUAUUUGCACUAUACUGUGUUUUGAAUAUUUGUAUUCAUCUGAGUUGCACUUAAGAAGUCGGGAUACCUUGAUUUUGGUUUCCCAAUUUUUCUUGAAAUUAAACAUUUUUUUUUGCGAUAGAAAAGCAGUCAGUUGAUGGAAGUAAUGUAUUGGGUAGAAAAAAAGAAAAAA